GAAUAAGGAAAUCAAGCGAAUAAAAUAAGAUCAAGUAUAAACAAACUAACCUCAAAUUAUUGUGAAAAUGUGAAAAAAUCAUGAAAAUUUCUAUCGAGAAGCGUUUAAGGGGUUUAUGGAUACAGAAAAUAAAAUGAACUUAAUAUAUGCGCGUUAUUUAGUAAUAUAGCGAAAGAGGUUUGGCAGACAUUUUCCCCGUGAAAACAACACUUUUUGCGUUCGGAAAUUCGAGCUGUCAAAAAUGUCAAGAAUGUCAAAUUCUUCUAAUCCAAUGUAUUCCAGAUAGAUAUGAUAUAGGGUAUUUAUAAUACGAUGGUGAUUCCGACCCGGUUUUCCCAAAAAUUGGGUCGCACCUCGAGCUGCAAUUCCAUGAUAAUUGCCUGCUUACUACUGCUGUCCAGCAUUUUAAUCAUAACUGCCUACCACGUUUUCAAAGUUGGCAAUAGACAGCAAAAUCCAAUUUACCAGCCUAUAGUUUUGAGUGACGCAAAUGCAUUCCCGAGAAAACAGUUGAAGGCAGACUUGCCGCAGGCAGAAUCAACCAAUUCUUCCUGCACUUUUUUCGGAUGUUUCAAUUUAUAUCGGUGCGGGAGCAGAGGAAACAAACUGCUCGUUUACGUUUAUCCCCCCAAAGUGUUCCUCGAUCAUGAAGAUCAACCGGUUGUUGGUCAGAUGACGAAAGAGUUUUAUCAGAUUAUAUAUGCGAUCGUUUCGAGCAAAUUUUACACGCCGAAUCCACGAGAAGCUUGCAUUUUUGUUCCUUCUAUUGACACCUUAAAUCAAAAUAGACUCCUCAAGCUGCAACAGGUUUCACAGGCUCUUCAAUCUCACGAUUUCUGGGAGAGAGGAGAGAAUCAUUUGAUAUUUAACAUGGUUCCUGGAAGCAGUCCGGACUUUAAAUCUGUGAUUGAUGUGCCGGUCGGAAUAGCAAUGAUAGCUGGGGCAGGAUUCUCGACUUUGACUUACCGAAUUGGCUUCGAUAUCAGCUUACCAGUUUACAGUCCUUUGCUUGAAAAUCUCAAAAGAAAUUACUCCAUUCAACGAAAAUGGUUGGCUAUGUCGGCCCAGAUCAACAUUAAUUCAGCCUUCGAACAAGAUUUAUUGGAGAUUAAGGCCACGUAUCCAAAAGAUAUUUUAAUUCUGGAUCCAUGUUUGCAUCAUAAUCCUAUGAACAAUACAAUUCGUUGUGUGGAAGAACAUGUUUAUAAAUAUCCCGAAAUUCUACAGAUGUCUACAUUUUGUUUAAUAAUUCGUGGAGCGAGACUCGGACAAAGUGUUCUGUUAGAGUCGAUGGCAGCAGGCUGUAUUCCUGUAAUAAUUGCGGAUUCGCUUGUAAUGCCAUUUCAAGAAGUUAUCGAUUGGAAGAGAGCUGCUGUCUUUGUGCGAGAAGUCGACAUUUUAAUGGCCCUUCCCACUCUGAAGAAAAUAUCACAGAAACGAAUAAUGGAAUUGCGGGAGCAAAGUUCCUGGCUCUAUAAACAAUAUUUUCAGAGCAUGGCAACAAUCACGGAAACUACUUUGGAGAUUCUCUCUGACCGGGUUUUUUCUCAUCUUGCAAGAGACUAUAACUUCUGGAAUCUUCCCAAACAUUUGGACUGGAAUAGUUCGCCUCUCUUCUUGGCUGCAACGGCUCCAAAAACUAGAGGAUUCACAGCUGUCAUUCUCACUUACGACAGAGUAGAUCUUCUCUUUUCUCUAAUCAACAAACUUGUCAAAGUUCCAAGUUUGUCGAAAGUUCUUGUUGUUUGGAACAAUCAGAACAAGGAUCCACCGCCUUCUUCAGAGUGGCCGAAACCUAUUUUGAAGCCCCUGAAAGUAAUUCGAACAAAGGAGAACAAAUUAUCAAACCGAUUUUAUCCUUACGAUGAAAUUGAAACCGAAGCCAUUUUAUCCAUUGAUGACGAUAUAAUUAUGCUCACUGCUGACGAAGUCGAAUUCGCUUUUGAGGUUUGGCGAGAAUUUCCAGAUCGUAUUGUGGGAUUUCCUUCUCGAACUCACACUUGGGACAAUGUCACCAGUUGUUGGAAAUACGAGAGUGAAUGGACGAAUCGUAUUUCUAUGGUUUUGACUGGUGCUGCAUUUUACCACAAAUACUGGAGUUACUUGUACACAACAGCAAUGCCAGGAGACAUCAAAGAAUGGGUGGACGAGCACAUGAACUGUGAAGACAUUGCCAUGAAUUUUUUGGUCACGAAUAUCACCGGAAAAGCUCCCAUAAAGGUGACGCCAAAGAAAAAGUUUCGCUGUCCAGAAUGUACGAAUACGGAAAUGCUUUCGGCUGACUUGACUCACAUGGUGGAAAGGACUCAGUGCAUAAACAAAUUUUCCAAAAUCUAUGGCUCAAUGCCUCUGCAGUCUGUCGAAUUUCGAGCCGACCCUGUUCUCUUCAAAGACGUCUUUCCAGAAAAGUUGAAGAGGUUCAACGACAUUGGAAGCCUCUAGCCAUUUUUCCAUUUUUCGAAACUCAGGUUAUCGAUUAGUUUGUUUAUAUGUAGAUUUUAUUAAUAAUUUAUUAUGGGCUGACUAUUACCAUGCAGCAAUUUUUCCUAUUGGAGUACAUUUUUUCUUAGGUCUACAACUUACGGCGAUACUGAAUGACUGACUGUACACUGAGUUUAAGCUCUACAAAUUUACCAAAAGUAAUUUUUACAGCACAGUGACUACCUCCUGUUUACUUACUACAAUAGGAAAAAUUACUGUGGUGUAAACAAACGGCGUCUAUCCAGUUUAUACUUUUUCAUCAUUGUUUAUAUAUAAUUAUGCGAAAGAAUGUUGUAUUAAUAGAUAUUUUACCAAAAAUAUUGUUUGUAAAACUGAUCCAAU